AUGGCGACUCUAGGGGAUAUUUGUGUUUCCGCGGCCGUCAAUCUCUUGUCUGCAAUUGCAUUCUUGCUGGCUUUUGCAAUAUUACGACUUCAACCCAUUAACGAUAGGGUCUAUUUCCCAAAAUGGUAUCUCAAGGGAAUAAGAGGAAGCCCAACAAGUUCCAGAACAGCAGUUGGAAAAUUUGUUAACCUGGACUACAGUUCCUAUCUUAGGUUCCUGAAUUGGAUGCCUGCAGCAUUGCAUAUGCCAGAGCCAGAACUUAUAGAUCAUGCAGGGCUUGACUCAGCAGUGUAUAUUCGGAUUUAUCUGCUUGGGUUGAAAAUAUUUGCCCCAGUUGCCGUACUUGCUUUUGGUGCUUUGGUUCCCGUUAACUGGACUGGGAGAAGAUUGAAUGCAUCAAAAUCCAAGGAGUUGACAUUUAGCAAUAUUGACAAGCUUUCGAUAUCAAAUGUUCCAGAUGGAUCAAAGAGGUUUUGGGUUCAUAUUGGUAUGUCAUAUCUCUUCUCUUUUUGGACAUGCUUUACUCUUUAUAGAGAAUACAAGAUUAUAGCAGCAAUGAGAUUGCGAUUUUUGGCAUCUGAACGUCGUCGUCCAGACCAAUUUACUGUCCUAGUGAGGAACGUUCCACCAGAUCCUGAUGAAUCUGUUAGUGAGCACAUUGAGCAUUUUUUUUGUGUCAAUCAUCCUGAUCACUAUCUGAUGCAUCAGGUUGUAUAUAAUGCAAACAAGCUUGCUGCAAUAGUUGCAAAGAAAAGGGCAAUGAUAAACUGGCACAUUUACUACGAAAACAAAUAUGAAAGGAAUCCUUCGCAAAGGCCAGUUACUCGGACAGGUAUGCUCGGUAUCUUCGGGAAAAAAGUGGAUGCUAUUAAUCAUUAUACUUCGCUAAUUGAUAACUUGAGCAAACAAGAAGAGGAAGAAAGACAGAAAGUUAGAAAUGAUCCCGAUGCUAUUGUUCCUGCAGCAUUCGUUUCAUUCAAAACCCGAUGGGGAGCAGCUGUAUGUGCUCAAACUCAGCAAACUAGUAAUCCUACUAUUUGGCUCACAGAAUGGGCUCCUGAGCCUCGAGAUGUCUAUUGGGAUAAUCUAGCCAUUCCAUAUUUGGAUCUCAAUCUUCGAAAAUUGCUCAUGACUGUUGCUAUGUUUUUCUUAACUUUCUUCUUUAUGAUACCAAUAGCAUUGGUCCAAUCUCUAGCCAACAUUGAGUCCAUCAAGCAUGUCUUUCCUUUCUUGGCGUCGUUAGUUGAGAAGCCAUCUGUAAAGAAUUUUAUUCAAGGAUUUCUGCCAGGGCUAACAUUAAAGAUAUUUCUUAUUUUCCUCCCUAAAAUUCUCAUGACAAUGUCCAAAAUAGAAGGUUUUACAUCGCUUUCAGGCUUAGACCGGAGGUCAGCAUCCAAAUAUUACUUAUUUAUUCUUGUCAAUGUGUUCCUUGGAAGCGUUGUAACAGGAACCGCAUUUCAGCAACUUGAACAACUUAUUGAUCAGCCCUCUACAGAGUUCACCAAAACUGUUGGCAGUACAAUCCCUAUGAAAGCAACAUUUUUCAUCACAUAUGUAAUGAUUGAUGGAUGGGCUGGAAUUGCUGCAGAGGUCCUCAGAUUAACUCCGUUAAUUAUGUUCCACCUGAAAAACACAUUCCUGGUGAAGACAGAGCUGGACAGACAAGCUGCUAUGGACCCUGGUUGCUUGGAUUUUUCCAUAUCUGAACCUCGAAUACAGUUAUAUUUCAUGCUAGGACACGUCUAUGCCCCAGUUACGCCUUUACUUCUCCCCUUCAUUGUAGUAUUCUUUGCCUUUUCCUACUUGGUCUUUCGGCAUCAAAUUAUCAAUGUGUAUAACCAGCAUUACGAGAGUGGAGCAACAUUUUGGCCAGAUGUCCACCGUCGAGUUCUUACCGGAUUGAUUAUAUCCCAGAUUCUUUUGAUGGGGUUGCUCAGUACCAGAGGCACUAACAAGAUCACGCUAGUUCUUAUUGGACAACCCAUCUUGACAUUCUGGUUCUACAGAUAUUGCAAAGGCCGCUUUGAAUCAGCAUUCAUAAAGUUCCCACUAGAGGAAGCUAUGGUGAAGGAUACGCUUGAACGGGCUGUUGAGCCAACCUUGAACCUGAGAAUCUAUCUUCAAGAUGCUUAUGUACACCCAGUUUUUAAGAGAAGUGAGUUGGAAAAACCAAUGGCCGUUGAUGAUGAAGAAGAGAAUCCUCUCAUUCAAACAACUAGAGCGUCUCGUCUGAGUAGCAUGCCAGAAUCUGAUAAUGAAGCAUAGUAACUGAUAGUUGUUGAUGUACAGUUAACAUUAGAUUGAAUUUUUUCUUUUUUGGAAAUAGAAUCAACCAAUUUUUGUGUGGAAAUUACAAGAUUGCAACAAGCGACAUGUCCCAAACAGAUUCCUGGCUCAGGUGACACUGUUGGUCUCAACUGGGUUGGAAGAUGCUCUUUGUUGUACCAUUUUUUUAAACCUUUGUUCUUUAACAAUUUCUUUGUAGGUAUAUAUCAUAUCUUGUAAUUAUU